AUGGCUGCGUUGCGUCUUGACGAGGAUGAGCCGAUUAAACCAGGGAUGGACGACACUUCUAGCCAUAGUCGAAAGGCCGCACCUAUCAAUCCUCCGUGUUUCGACAUCGACAGACCUUCCUGGGCCCCGCAAUUUCUUCCAGAUUCAAAAGCCACCGCAACAAGCCAGUCCCAGUCCUCCCAGAUCAAAGCACUGCGAUCUCAAACUUCCUCUAAUGGCGCAGCGACUAAGCGGCAGAAUUCGCAAUUCUUCCCAAUCUCCGCUUUUCUUGCCUGUCCCGAUCCAUCGGGACGGUUUCCAUCCAAGUCUAAAUUCCUAGACCCAAAGGCUGCUGAAAAGGGUCGGCAACCCUCAGAGUCUUCAGGCCCUCCUCCUACAUCUUCGUCCCACGCACAAUACGCAGCAAGAAAAGCAGCACAUCGUACACUCACUUCAAGGAGUCUACAGGCCAAGCCUACCACAUCCACUGACGAGUCACAUAUCCAGCAAAAGGGACCACCUCCUCUCCCAACCGUCGCGAAUACCCCGAGUACGUCCUGUCCCCUCAGUCUUGUCAACAUAUCCUCCACCAUGAUUGAGCCAACCUUUGUAUGCCCUUCUGGUGCUUCUCAAUCCACCGAACCCGAGACAGCGAAUGGAAAAACUGGAACUCCAUCCAUUGCACAUGGCCUUGGGCGGGAACCUCCAUUCUUGGACGCUGAAAAGAUGAAAGUCAAUCCGCGUUUUCACGGCUGUUGGCAACGCCGUUCAAUACCAACUCCAGCAAAGGUUCGUCAGUCGGAUACGCUGAUGAGCUCGGGUCAUGCGCGUAUCAGGUUGUCACUGCAAGAAGUGACUGCUCCAGCAAAGCUCAACGCGCGUUGCUAUAUUCCUCAGCAACCCGGUCGAAAGUCUAAGUUCUUCGCCGACGGCAAACUCAUCGCGCGCGAGAGCACCUCCACGGCCCAGCAGCUCGUCCUCGGAACACCGUCGUCUGGAUAUGACAAUCUAUUUACGAGAAUAAGCUCACCCACUUCUCAUGCUUACGAAAGCUCUUCUCGUCCACCCUUUCAGGACUCGUUCAAAACGUUGGAGGCAGAACACCCGUGGAACGCUUAUCAUAGUUCUAUUGCGCUGUCAGACAAGCCUGCAGUAUCUAGCGUGUCCUUUUCAGAUAUUUUCACAUCGCCCAAUACGCGGAAUGAGCAGGACAGUAUCCCACAGCGCUCACCGACCCUCGACAUCAGCCAUGUAAACUCCAAACCAUCCGCGCAAGAUAAUCACAGGGCCACAAUCUCCAAAGUGCUUGCACUCCUGGAAGCUGAACAUAAAGAAAGCGUCUCCAAUUCAGACACCGAUGACUUCGACACUGUCAGUCUUCUUUCCGAGUACGAUAUCAUCGAUCCGGUAACUACGAAGUCCAUGGCGGAUUCCUGGGAGGAAGUACCUACACCACCCGAGACUAAGGUCGAUGUCGAACCCAUUGACGACUCCGACUGCGACGAUGAAGAUGACGAGUAUUACUCUGAGUCUUACUUCCAGUCUCACUAG